CUACGCUCGUUUUGAAGAUGGCGGCUGCAGGAGUGUGCUUGAGAAGCGGGCUCGGUUCUGCAGAGUCUGGUUCCACUGGCCGGAGGUUCUGUGGAGCUCGGCACCGGUUUCACAAGCUAGGGGCAAACUUCCAUCUCGUCCUUCUCCUGGUUCUGGCGACGUUGCACGGAGCGCUUGCCGAUGGCAGGACUCUGGUGCUGCUGGACAACGUCAACAUUAAGGACACACAUUCAGUCUUCUUCCGCAGCCUCGCCGACCGAGGAUUUGAUCUAUCGUUCAAGACUGCUGAUGAUCCUGGUCUCUCUCUUAUUAAAUAUGGACAGUUCCUGUAUGAACAUCUCAUCAUCUUUUCCCCCUCUGUUGAAGAUUUUGGUGGAAACAUAAAUGUGGAGACCAUCACUGCCUUCAUUGAUGGAGGAGGAAAUGUCCUUGUUGCUGCCAGUUCAGACAUUGGUGAUCCUCUCAGGGAGCUGGGCAGUGAGUGUGGGAUUGAGUUUGAUGAAGAGAAAACUGCCGUCAUUGACCAUCACAACUAUGAUAUCUCUGACCCCGGAGAGCACACCCUGAUCGUAGCAGACCCAGAGAGCCUGAUGAAGACUCCCACCAUUACUGGACCACCUACUGGGAAACCCAUCCUGUUCAAGGGGGUUGGCAUGGUGGCAGACCCAGAUAAUCCUCUUGUGUUGGAUAUCCUAACUGGCUCAUCAACCGCCUACUCCUACUUCCCUGACCGACCAAUCACACAGUAUCCUCAUGCGGUUGGAAAGAACAACCUCCUGAUCGCUGGCCUUCAAGCACGCAACAACGCCCGCGUCGUCUUCAGCGGCUCCCUGGAUUUCUUCAGUGAUGCCUUCUUCAGCUCAGCUGUGCAGAAGGCCACGCCGGGCUCUGAGAGGCAUGCCCAGAAUGGGAACCUGGAGCUGGCAGUGGCCCUGUCGCGCUGGGUGUUCAAGGAGGAAGGAGUGCUGCGAGUGGGGGCUGUCUCUCACCACCCUGUCGGGGAGACCACACCCCCCAGUGCCUACACCAUCACCGACCUUGUGGAGUACAGCAUUGUGAUUGAGAAGCUGUCUGAAGGGAAAUGGGUCCCCUUUGAUGGAGAUGAUAUCCAGCUGGAGUUUGUCCGAAUCGAUCCUUUCGUCAGGACCUACCUCAAGAAGAAAGGUGGGAAGUACAGUGUACAGUUCAAGCUCCCCGAUGUCUAUGGGGUCUUCCAGUUUAAAGUGGAUUACAACAGACUGGGAUACACUCACCUCUACUCCUCAACACAGGUGUCAGUGCGCCCCCUGCAGCACACCCAGUACGAGCGCUUCAUCCCCUCAGCCUUUCCAUACUAUGCCAGCGUCUUCUCUAUGAUGGGCGGCCUCUUCAUCUUCAGCAUUGUCUUCCUGCACAUGAAAGAGAAGGAGAAAUCCGAGUAGUGCCUGGAUGCAGAGAUUCGGAGGGGCAGUGGGUGCACUGGUUCCCAUCCCCUCUUGCAGCUGCACUGAGGAAUCGGUAGUGGCUAG